AUGCUCGGCGUUGGAGAACUCCUCUUCCUCGCCCUCACGCUUACGCUGUCUCUGGCGGUGUCGCUCCUGAUCACUGUUCCCCUAACAGGAGCUAUCGUUCGACUGCGAGCCAACUACAACCCCAAGGCUCUCCAGUUGGACCCGGAGGGAAAUGCGCAUGUUCACACUGGGCCGAUUGUCACGGGCUUCUUCGGAAUGUUGAGGCGAGUGUAUCGUAUCGAGGGGUACGCUGGGUUGUACAAGGGUGUCAUGCCUACUGCUCUCGCCACUAUUGUAAUGACCGGCUUCGCCGUCGCCGCAAUGGACUCCCGGGGGCUCGCUUCUCAUAGCAGAGUCGACACUAUCGACACCAGUUUCCUUGGAACCAUUGCGGCCAUGACCUUUGGCAUGUUGGUUGGACUUCCUGCAGCUAUAGUGACUUACCGUGCGAUCGUGACGCCCUACAAGCUCCCUUCCUUCAAGCCCAUCUACGCCCUGCGUAUCCUUCUCACCCCGACUGAGGGGCGCCGACCUUGGACUUUGUACCUCACCCCUGGCUUGCUCGCAACCGAGAUGAUGCACAUUCUGUACAACGUUAUCGUCCUGCGAAGCUUCCGGCUUCUUCUCCUGUCCAACAACUUCUCCCCCUUCAAGUUCGGCAUCUACCUCGGCGUAGAGAUGCUCAGUGUUAUUAUCACCUGCCCCCUGGAGGUGAUGGCGACGAAACUGGCCAUCCAGCGCAACCACGCAAGCGCGGAGUACAACUCCGUAGAGCAGGAAGUCGAGGAUGACGCCAUCGACGCCCCCGAGUACGCGGAAUACUCGAACCAGGAGGAAGACGUUAUUGGCCUCCGCCAUGAGAAGGACCCCUACCUCGGAUUCGUCGAUUGCUUCAAGCGUAUCGUCGACGAGGAAGGCUGGCAGACGCUCUACCGCGCGUGGUGGGUGACGAUGCUCGCUGCUAUCGCCAGUGCGUCGGCUGCUGCUGCUCAGUACCAAGCGAAUGGGAAUGUUUGA